GUCAGCAACUAUCGAGCUAAGCGGUGGUAGCUGGAAGCUAACGUUAGCCGUCCCCAGCGCUCAUAUUUUGGUUUAAAAAUACUUUUUAAUUGCAUGGUGGUCGUAGCAGGUUAAUACAAAGUGUCUUUUUCGCUGGCUGUUUGGCUCUGAGAGCAUUAAAGAUGACUUCAGCACAGUCUGAUCCGACCCUAGAGAGACAUUUUAAGGGACACAGGGACGUUGUAACUAGUGUGGACUUCAGCUGUAAUAGGAAACAAAUUGCCACAGGCUCUUUAGACUCAUGUGUGAUGAUUUGGAACAUCAAGACUCAGAUGCGAGCGUAUCGCUUUGACGGACACAAAGAUGGCGUUAUGGCUGUUCAGUUUUCUCCUUCUGGCCACCUUGUGGCGUCUGCGUCAAGAGACAAGACUGUACGUCUCUGGGUGCCCACCAAUAGGAAGGCUGAAUCAGUAGAAUUCAGAGCUCACACAGCUACUGUGCGCAGCGUCAAUUUUUCUGGUGAUGGACAGUCUCUGGUGACGGCCUCUGAUGACAAAACUGUCAAAGUGUGGACGGUCCACAGGCAGAAGUUCCUUUUCUCAUUCAAUCAGCACAUCAACUGGGUUCGCUGUGCAAAGUUUUCUCCUGACGAUCGUCUGAUUGUGUCCUGUGGUGAUGAUAAGACUAUAAAGCUGUGGGACAGGACCAGCAGAGAAUGCGUUCAUUCUUUCUAUGAACCUGCUGGUUAUGCUAACCACGUGGACUUCCAUCCCAGCGGAACAUGCAUUGCUUCAGCCAGCACUGAUAGCACUGUUAGAGUGUGGGACAUACGAUCCCAAAAGCUGCUGCAGUACUACAAAGUCCACAGUGGUGUUGUGAACAGCUUGUCUUUCCAUCUGAGUGGUAAUUUCCUCAUUACUGCUGCCAGUGACUCCACAAUGAAGAUACUGGACCUUUUAGAGGGCAAGCAACUGUAUACAUUGCACGGACACCAGGGUCCAGUGACCUGUGUGGCCUUCUCCAGGACAGGAGAAUACUUUGCCUCUGGAGGUGCUGAUGAGCAGCUAUUGGUGUGGAAGAGCAACUUUGACUGUGGGGAGUGUGAUGAGGUCAUCAGACGGCAACCCAACACUUCUUCCAGCCUGCAGGCGCCACCACCCAGCUCAGCAGCGCCACUCUCCUGUGCUUCAGUGCUCCGCAGCCAGACCUCAGAUUCAGGAGAACAUGGGAACAGACAGGACGUACAAACUACUGGACAUUCACAAGUCUUUAAUCGCAGUGGUAGCCACAGAAAAGCAUCCCAUUCCCACAUCAACAGAAAUGUCAGCACCGGCUCCUCGUUCACCCAACAGGCGCAGAGUCAGAGUUUGCCACAGCAAGAACCUCUGGCUCAGACACAGUCACAAGCCUCCGAAAGAGGCGUAAACGCAGCACUAGCCAGCACCCUGGAACACAUCAUAGGUCAAAUGGAUAUUCUCACCCAGACGGUUUCUCUCCUUGAGCACCGACUGACGCUGACAGAGAACAAGCUCAAGGAGUGUUUGGAAAACCAAGUGGAGUUGGGUCUGCUUCUCCAGAAAAGAGAGGAGGCCUAAAGUCUGCAGUGUCGGAGAAGAGGUUGUGGCGUCGGGGAAACAGAGUCACCAGCACCAAAGGCAAACACCCACACACACGCUGCCCCGUCAGUGCUGUUGGAUUGCAUUGAUAGUGUGACUUUGUGCACACAGAGUUAACCUGAACUGUUUAACAGAUGUUUUUAAAAAGCGCACUGAGCCUUACUGUUGACAUUCACUGUCUGGAUAUUUUAUAAAGAGAUAUGAGAAGUGAAGGAGAUUCUCUACAACAGUGCUGAGAUCCAACUGCCUUUUCUGCUGACAAAGGACCUGACACUCUGUGUGUGUGUGUGUG